AUGACAUAAAGAGAAGAGGUAUUUAUAUAUAUUAUUAAAUAAUAAUAAGACACCAUAUUUCAGAGAUUGUUAAAAAUUAGGUGGUAUUCAAUAGAAAGACAUUUAUCUAUCUCCAACAAAAGCAGCAACAUAUUUGUAUCUACUUAAUCAUGUAAAUAAAUAUAUAGUAUAUUAUAGUGCGAUAAAAGUAUUGCCAUGUAAUUUGCAAAAAGACGUGUAUGUAAAUGGGAUACAACAAUCGAAUAGGAUGGACCUGCCAAUUGUAGAAUUCUUGUUCCAGUUUAAAAAAGAGAAGUAUAGAUUAAAAUAAUAAUUUAGAAAUGUAUUAAUGGUUGGCAGAAUGUAGGAUAUGAAGUAUUUUAUUAGAACAAGGAUACAAUUGCAGAUUAAAAAUAAUUAAAUUUGGAUUAUGAAAAUGAUGAAAUAUAAUAGUAAUUAGAGAAUAAUGAAAGAAUGCUCACAAAUGAUUUUAAAUAUUAGAUGAAGAAUUUAGCUAAGUUCUAUAAAGAAUUAAAUUAAAAAUAUAGAUUGAAUAUUUAGGAUUCUGAUUUUAAAGAAAGAGUUUAAAAAGCAAAGGAAUAAUUAUAGAGAUAAAGAAAUAAACCGUUGUAAUAUUUUAAGAAAGAUGGUGUUAAAUUCGUAGAAUUAUUACAUGAACUUAAUUAAGCAGAUAAGCGUUAACAUACAUUAUUAGAAAGAUUUAAAGCAUUUAAUCAAUUAAAAGCAUCUCAAUUUAGAAUCAAAGAAAAAUUACCUGAAAAACUUUACAAUAAAACAACUAAUGAUGAAGAUUCAACUCCUAUGAAUAGAAAUAAAUUAUUAAAGAAAUCUUGUAAAUUUUUAGGUUAAACAAGUAGAAAUGUUACAGAUACAUUAAAAAUGAAAUUUCAAUUAAAAGAUAAAUCUUAUCAUAUGUCUAAAUAAUUCGAUAAUUAUACUCCUAAUCUCCUUAAAGUAUAAUCAUAAUCAUCAAUAUCUUUUCAUAAAAAGAAUAAAACAGAUAAUGAAGAAUAUCUUGAUUUAUAACUUAAAAAAUUCGCAAAUAGAAUGAUAUAACCUUAAUCUAAUGUUUAAGAAAUUAAUACUGAAAAUAUUAACAGAUUAAUUGAAGUAAAUAUUAUAAAAUAAAUAAAAAGAAUAAAUCUAAUUUAAAGUAAUUAUGUUUAAAAAAGAUAUAAUCCAAAGCCUUAUUAACUUAAUCAGAACAUCGUAGUAAAACAGAAAGAUUAGAAUCUGAUUGUAAUGCUCUAUUUACUUCAAGAUCAAGAGAUAAAGAUUCUACAAAAGCAUCUAUUAUUUUUAAAAGAUCUUAAUUAUUAACAUCUUUUACAAAUAAAUCAGAUUGUAUUAAAUGA